AGAGUCAGGCAAACUUGGCGCGCGCUGGAGGCGCACGUCGGCUGUGGCGGUGGCAGAGGGUAGUCCUGGCGGCUCCUGCUAGCCUGGGUUACCCCAGGGUUGUCCAAGGAGCGAAUCAGAGAGGUUGCUUCGGCCCCGCGGUUGCCCGGGUUUGGCGCGCGCUGCCUCCGGAGUGCCCUGCGGCGGCAGCGCUCGGCCUCCCUGGAAGAGGUAGCGCUUCGCUCCUCUCCCGACUCCCGGUAGCGGCAAAGUCUGGGCCCGUCCCGCCGGCGGGUGAGGUGCGGGCGUCUCCCGGCUCUGGGCCGGGGUGCACUAGCCUUUGAGUGCCCCGGGCCCUUUCUUAGCCCAGAAUGGUGUAGGUGAUCCUCUCCCGGGCGUCUCCGUGAAGUUCGCGGCUCCGCUCCGCUAGGGUCAGAAGUUCAACACGGAUUUCACUGGACCAAAAUCAAGGUGUUGGCCGUGCUGCUGGCGUUCCUUCUGGAGGCUCCAGGCAGAAGCCGUUUCCUUGCCGUUCCCAGCUUCUAAAGGCCACCAACAUUCCUUGGCUUCUGGUCCCCUUCCUCCAUCUUCAAAGCCAGCAGUGAAUGACUGUCAUUGUACUGGAUGGACUGCUGAAUUUUUGAAUUGCUUCCAUCUUUUGACCACACUGGGAAAUUGUCCGUGGAGUUGAACUAUUUAUUGCAGCAAUUUCUGGCCUUAUAUAAUUGAGGUUGAAUGCGUUUGGGGACUUGAUGCAUAAAAUUUGCAUAACUCCUCACUCCUUUCUGGAUCUGUCUUUGGAUUCAAGCCAACAUGGCUCAUACCACAAACAUUAGCGGCUGUGCCUCAGGAAAAGCAGAUGUUCUGAAUGGAGACCAUGACAAGGGACAGAAGGACCCUUAUUUUGUGGAGACCCCCUAUGGUUAUCAGCUAGACUUAGAUUUCCUCAAAUACGUGGAUGACAUACAGAAGGGAAACACCAUCAAGAAACUAAACAUCCAGAAGAGGCAGAAGCCAUCUGUGCCCUACCCAGAAACUAGGGUGACACCUGGUCAGCAAGGUAUAUGGACUUCCACCGAAUCCCUCUCAUCCUCCAACAGUGAUGACAAGCAGUGCCCCAACUUUCUCCUAGCCAGAAGCCACAUUACGUCAACUCCAAUCCCAAGGCCACCUGCCCUUCUGGAGGCCUCACCCACCUUUCUUACCAUUCCUGAAAAUAGACAGCUGCCACCUCCCUCACCACAACUCCCAAAGCACAAUCUUCAUGUCACGAAGACUCUGAUGGAGACCCGGAGAAGACUCGAACAGGAGAAGGCCACCAUGCAGGUGUCUCCGGGUGAGUUCCGAAGGCCCAGGCUGGCCAGUUUUGGAGGCGUGAGCUCCACGAGCUCUCUCCCCUCUUUUAUGGGUUCCGGAGGCCACAAUCCUGCAGUGCACCAGCUUCAGAACGGAUACCAGGGCAACGGGGAUUAUGGUGGCUAUGCCCCAGCUGCUCCCACCACUUCCUCCAUGGGGAGCUCCAUCCGCCACAGCCCACUGAGCUCAGGGAUCUCCACCCCAGUGACCAACGUGAGCCCUAUGCACCUGCAGCACAUCCGUGAGCAGAUGGCCAUUGCCCUGAAACGCCUGAAGGAGCUUGAGGAGCAGGUGCGAACCAUCCCUGUGCUCCAGGUAAAGAUCUCGGUCCUGCAAGAGGAGAAAAGGCAGUUGUCCUCCCAGCUGAAAAACCAAAGGGCUGCAUCCCAGAGUGAUGUCUAUGGUGUGAGAAAGCGGUCCUACAGUGCCGGGAAUGCUUCUCAGCUGGAACAGCUCUCCCAGGCCCGGAGAAGCGGCGGGGAAUUGUACAUUGACUAUGAGGAGGAAGAGAUGGAGAGUGUAGAGCAGAGCACGCAGAGGAUAAAGGAGUUCCGGCAGCUCACAGCAGACAUGCAGGCCCUGGAGCAGAAGAUCCAGGAUAGCAACUACGAGGUCUCCUCAGAGCUCAGAGAAAACGGGGAGUGCCGACCUCGGGAGUGCCGUUCUGUGGCUGUGGGUGCCGAUGAGAACAUGAACAAUAUUGUUGUGUACCACAGAGGCUCCAGGUCCUGUAAGGAUGCAGCUGUGGGCACAGUUACUGAGACGAAGAACUCUGGGGUCAUUGUGACAGAGGCCAUGCUUGGAGUGACUACUGAAGCUGACAAAGAAAUUGAGCUGCAACAGCAGACCAUAGAAGCCUUAAAGGAAAAGAUCUAUCGCUUGGAAGUACAGCUUAAAGAAACUACCCAUGACCGGGAGAUGACUAAAUUGAAACAAGAACUACAGGCUGCUGGGUCAAGGAAAAAAGUUGACAAAGCCAUCAUGGCCCAGCCACUUGUUUUCAGCAAGAUGGUGGAGGCAGUGGUGCAGACAAGAGACCAGAUGGUUGGCAGUCACGUGGACAUGGUGGACAUGUGUGUCGGCACCUGUGUGCAAACAAAUAGUAUAGGCAUCUCCUGCCAGCCCGACUUCAUGAAUAAAGUCGUGGGGCCCGAGCUGCCCAUGAAUUGGUGGAUUGUUAAGGAGAGGGUAGAAAUGCAUGACCGAUGCACCGGGAGGUCCGUGGAGACGUGUGACAAGAGUGUGGGUGUGGAAGUCAGUGUCUGUGAGACAGGCAGCAACACAGAGGAGUCUGUGAAUGAUCUGACUCUGCUCAAGACAAACUUGAAUCUCAAGGAAGUGCGAUCUAUAGGUUGUGGGGAUUGCUCUGUAGAUGUGACCAUCUGCUUUCCGAAGGAGUACACGUCUCGGAGCAUGAACACGGAGGCUCUGGGCCGGGCAGAAGCUGCCGUCAUGGCAGUGCCUCUCACUACAAGCCAGCACACCAAUACGGUUUUGGAACAGGCUCACCAGUUCACCAAUACCGAGACAGUCACCCUUCUAGAAUCCUCCACCAACACCUUCCUCAGCACUUUAGACAAGCAGACCAGCACGCAGACUGUGGAGAUGCGGACAGUGGCUGUAGGAGAAGGCCGCGUCAAGGACAUCAACUCCUCCACCAAGACGCGGUCCGUUGGUGUUGGAACUUUGCUUUCUGGCGAUUCCGGCUUUGACAAGCCAUCUUCCGUGAAGACCAAAGAUGCAGGUGUGGGGCAGAUAAAUAUUAACGACAACUAUCUGGUUGGUCUCAAAAUGAGACACAUGGCUUGUGGGCCUCCGCAGUUGACUGUGGGGCCCAUGGCCAGCAGGAGGAGCGUAGGUGUUGGAGGGGAGCCUCUAGGAGAGUCCAUGGAGAACCCUCAACCCCAGGCUCCAUCUGGCUUGAUGACUGGCUUGGAUCACUACAUCGAGCAGGUCCAGAAGCUGCUGGCAGAACAGCAAACACUGCUGGCUGAGAACUAUAGUGAACUGGCAGAAGCUUUUGGGGAGCCUCACUCACAGAUUGGCUCCCUCAACUCACAGCUCAUCAGCACCCUAUCGUCCAUCAAUUCUGUCAUGAAAUCUGCAAGCACCGAAGAGCUAAGGAACCCUGACUCCCAGAAAACAAGUCUGGGUAAAAUCACAGGAACUAGUUUGGACUGCAUCUGUAAGUGUGGAGCUCUGCAGCCAAGAGGGCCGUUCAGCACUGGGACAUCGCUGCAUGAGCAUGAGGCGGGGACCAUGGAAAGGAAGCCCGGCGGCAGCCAGGACGCCUUCCCCACUCAGGAAAGCGUGCUGUCUGCGGUGAACCUGACGGACGACCAGAUUGCUGCCGGCCUCUUCGUAUGUACAAAUAAUGAAAGUACGCUGAAGUCCAUCAUGAAGAAGAAAGAUGCAAACAGCGAUUCAAAUGGUGCAAAAAAGAACCUUCAGUUUGUUGGCAUUAAUGGAGGGUAUGAAACAACUUCAAGUGAUGAUUCCAGCUCAGAGGAAAGCUCUUCUUCCGAGUCAGAUGAUGAAUGUGAUGUUCUUGAGUAUCCUCCUGAAGAAGAGGAGGAGGACGAAGACCCACAGGGAAUGGCGCAAGGGCACCAUGCAGUUAAUAUUGAAGGUUUCAAGUCCACCAGGGUGGAAGAUGAAAUACAGGUUCAAGAAUGUGAACCUGAGAAGGUGGAGAUCAGAGAGAGGUACGAAUUAAGUGAAAAGAUGUUGUCCGCGUGCAACCUACUGAAAAAUAAUUUAAGUGACCCCAAAGCUUUGGCCGGCAAAGAUAUGAGGUUCUGUCUGAACACCCUGCAGCACGAGUGGUUCCGGGUGUCCAGUCAGAAGUCGGCCAUCCCGGCCAUGGUGGGGGACUACAUAACAGCCUUCGAGGCUGUCUCCCCGGACGUCCUCCGCUACAUCAUCAACAUGGCCGACGGCAACGGGAACACAGCCCUCCACUACAGCGUGUCCCACUCCAACUUUGAGAUCGUGAAGCUGCUCUUGGACGCCGAUGUGUGUAACGUGGAUCACCAGAACAAAGCGGGGUAUACCCCCAUCAUGCUCGCAGCCCUGGCUGCCGUGGAGGCCGAGAAGGACAUGAGGGUGGUGGAAGAACUCUUCGGCUGUGGGGAUGUGAAUGCCAAAGCCAGUCAGGCUGGGCAGACAGCCCUCAUGCUGGCGGUCAGUCAUGGACGAAUAGACAUGGUGAAGGGCCUGCUGGCCUGUGGGGCUGAUGUCAACAUCCAGGACGACGAGGGAUCUACAGCCCUGAUGUGUGCCAGCGAGCAUGGGCACGUGGAGAUCGUCAAGCUGCUGCUGGCCCAGCCAGGCUGCAACGGCCACUUGGAGGACAAUGAUGGCAGCACCGCGCUCUCGAUAGCCCUGGAGGCGGGACACAAGGACAUCGCCGUUCUUCUGUAUGCUCACGUCAACUUUGCCAAAGCCCAGUCUCCGGGCACCCCUAGGCUUGGAAGGAAGAUGUCUCCUGGCCCCACCCACCGAGGUUCUUUUGACUGACCGGGGCAAACAGCCCUCCAUUUACGUGCCACCAGUAAGCUGCUAUUGUCCUUUCCUGGUGACCAUCCUGAAUGUAUAAGUAUUGUGCUGAGCUCACCAGCAAACGGUGCUCAAAGCUGAGGGUGAGAGGCGGAAGCUUUCCCAGUGGAAGCGGGGCCAGCCGGAGAUGGCCGACACGGCACACAUUGCCCUCCUUUCGGACCAUCCUCUGUCUGUGCGAGACACACUUGGCCCCCAGCCUCUGUUGCCAUUGAGUCUCUGCUCCGUUAUGUACAGUUGUAGGAAAUCGUGACCUGACCUGAGGGCAGCAUCUAUUUCUUCUCUCACCCUCCACCACCACUGAUAAGUGUGUAUUCUCGUUGGCAUCUGGUUUUUAAAAUUUUCCACAAAUAUUUAAAUUUACUACAUUUGGAAUAAUUGAAUAACUCUUCAGAAAUUCCAUUCCAGGAUGAUUUUGUUGCUUUUUCUUUUGUCUUUAUUAUUUUAAAGUAAGGAAGUUGAGAUGACUUUGAUCAUCAGCAACUUGGGCCUUGGCUGGUAGGUUUUUUUUUUUUAAAUAAAAAGGAAGGUGGAACUCUUACAAAGUAGAAAACUUAGAAAAGGAAAUGUCUUCAGUUGGUUUUAUCUAGAUGGAUGUAUUAUAUGACUUUUUAUAUAAAAGAUAUAUAAAAUUGACACAGUGUUUUCAACUUUUAUAUUCCAUAGUAAUUAAAGACAUGAAGAACUACAUGUAACAGUACCCUAUAUUAUUAAUAAUGGCACAAACCUGUCUGUAUCUAUUGCUAAAGGUCAUAUUGUGCUAGAGGAAUUGGCUCUGCAUUUGCCUCUAGAGGCAGAUAGUGUAGUUCUCUGUGUAUUUAUGAAUUCCUUUAUACCAUGUCACAUUUACUUUGGUUCUAUAUGUAUUUAAAUGUUUGAAGUGCCUUAGACUCUUGCCAUAUUUUCAAAAUAAAAUUUCAUUAAGCUGCU